AUGGAUAAUGAGCAACAGUCAGUAAGUAGUGAUACCGAGUUGGAAAGUGGGACACAAAGUAAUGUUAGUGACGUAGUUCAGGAAGUACAAUGUGAGAAUCUGGGGGCAGAAGGACAAGAAAUGUUGCCAUUGCCACCCAGUGAUUCAGUUGAUAGCGGAAAUACUGUGCCAUCCGCAAGCACUGGACACGGACCAGAGAGUGGUGAGGUGUCAGAAGUGCAAUCAUUAAGAGUUAUGUUCGAGCGCAUGCUCAAUUUCCAAGCUGAAUUUGUACGUGUGCAAGCAGAGCGUGAUAGAGAACGUGAUGCUAAACAAGCAGAACGCGAUAGAGAACGUGAUGCUAAACAAGCAGAACGCGAUAGAGAACGUGAUGCUGAACAAGCAGAGCGUGACCAGAGAUUGGUAGCUGAAUUUGCAUGUAUGCAAGCAGAACGCGAUAGAGAACGUGAUGCUGAACAAGCAGAGCGUGACCAGAGAUUGGUAGCUGAAUUUGCCAAACAAGCAGAGCGCGAUAGAGAACGUGAUGCUAAACAAGCAGAGCGUGACCGACGCCUGCAUGAGAGGGACUUGCAGUUGAUGCAAACUUUAGAAGUUAUGCAAAGUGAGAUUGUUAGUUUGAAACAAAAAUAUGAAACCAUACCCAAAACGGUGCAAGAAUUAAGCGAAAGAGUAGAUAGUGUUCAAGUGGCUAACGCCAAUAUAGUAGAGGAAAUCAGUGUCCUGACUAAUAGGGUCGAACAACUAGAAAUUGACACAACUCAAGUAAUUGAGAACAAAGUGAUCGAACAAGUGCACAAAGUAGAAAAUGAAGUCAUAAAAGAAAUAGAUCAGAAAGUGCACGCCGCAAUUGAGGCCAGAGAUGUGGGCUCAAGCGACACUACACCACGCACAAUUACAUCUUCUGCGGACAAAAUGGAAGAUACACCAGUUUCCGCUUCCACGGCGUGGCACGAGGAGGAGGUCAAGGAGCAGGACCCGUUACGGGACCCUGCGCCGUCACGGCCGCACCACCAAUCAUACUCUCCCCAGACUCCCCUGCAGGCCAGCGGGACAACGUUCCGCUGCGACGCCCACACCCUUGCGCGGACGGCGGAGUGGACCAGCCUCCAGUAA